UUAAAGAAAGGCUUGGAAGGUUUUACAAUUUAACAUAGUUCGAUAGUCAUUAUAAUUACGAGUAAAAUGAUACAAAGCGUAACUUCUAUCUCUCUCGCUGAUUAGAGAUAUUACUAAAAAUAGCUCAGUUCACACCUGAGAGCUCGCAAUGAAAUUGGCUGUAUACCGGAAGUGACGUUCGUGACGUUACAAGUGUGACAUGCAGAAUUUCACGGAGUGAUCGAUGUCAAAGAAAAAAACAGGGAAAUUUUGCGUUGCAGCGGGCUGCACAUCAACACACAAGGAUAAUGUGUCCUUACAUGAUUUCCCCAAGGAAUCGAAAAGACCAGAUAUCCGUCGGCAGUGGAUUACUUUUGUUAAAACAAAACGAAAAGAUUUCACCAGUCCGACCCCUCAUUCUGUUCUUUGCGAGAAACAUUUCGCUGUUCAUUGCUACCCCAUGGAAUAUAUGAUUAAGAGGUCUAUCGGUAUGGAAGUAAAGAAAAAGUCACUUUUGCCUGAUGCUGUACCCACUAUUCAUCUCAUCGGAACAGUGAAUCCUCUGUUAGGAAAGAGAUCUUCUUCAGACGUAGAUGCUCCAACAACAUCGCGUCCAUCGCAACAGAAGAAAAUUCGAUCUGCUUUUCUUAAACGGGAAUGCUUUAGGGCUGUGGAAUCUCAGCAAUCACAACAUCAUGAACAUGAACAUGUGCAGUGUACAGAAAAUGAAUCUCACUCACAGACAGACUGUAUUAAACCAGAUGAUCAGGAAAUUUAUCAGACUGCAACAAGAAGUAUUGGACUUCAGAUAAGCGAGAGCAAGCAUGUGUCAUCAAAGAGAUCAAAGAGAUGCCAAACUAAUAUCAAAAAAUCAGACAAAGUUACUCAAGUAAAUAUGGACAAAAACCUGAAGUUAACCUCAACUGGAAUCCAGUGCAACAGAGAUCUAGAGGAUGGUAUUGGAAAACAGCAUCCAUGUCAAAAAAAGAUGAGGCAUUUACUGAGAGAGCAGACCCCACUGAAGUUUUCAGUGCAUGAUGACUCUAUUGAUGAAUAUUCAUCAGAAGUAGACGAAAAAGACCCUGACUUUGAACCAAAUUUUUCAGAUGACUGUCAGUCUAACUCAUCAAUAAAUGAAAAUUAUCAACCAUGGAAAGAUAGGAAGUUCAUUGUGUUUGAAUCAAGGCUAUUGGAACUGUUUCAAUUUUGUCCAUCUUGUUCUGCAUCUGCUUUAUUUGACGUGAAGAGAACUGUUGGAUCAAUGGUUAAAAUAGAGCAGACUUGUGGUGGAUGUGGCUUCAACAGAAUAUGGGAGAGUCAGCCCAUGAUAGGAUCUGUACUGGCAGGAAAUCUGAUUUUCUCUGCAGCUCUUCUCUUUACUGGAUUACUUCCCUCUAAAACCAUCCGGUUCAUGGAACAGAUGAAUGUCUCAUGUAUCUCCUCCAAUACUUUUUUCCAACACCAAAAGUAUUAUUUACAUCCAUCUAUUUGUUCGGUGUGGAGGACCUUCCAAGAAAAUUACUUCACACAAAUGGCUGCCAGUGGGAAGGCUUUAACCCUAGGAGGUGAUGGAAGAGCAGACACCCCGGGUCAUUCUGCCAAGUAUGGGAGCUAUGGUUUGCUGGAUCUAGACCUUAUGAUUGUAAUACAUAUAGAACUAGUGCAGAGUAAUGAAGUAAAAAGCAGCUACCAUAUGGAAAAAGAAGGUUUUGUCCGAAGCAUCAACCUUGUACAAAGUAAAGGACUAAAAAUCGGGGAGAUUGUGACAGACCGCCAUGUUCAAAUUGUCAAGUAUGCCCGAGAGGAAUUGCCGAACACCAAACAUUAUUUUGAUGUGUGGCAUGUAGCUAAAGGACUGAAGAAAAAACUAGUGGCUUUAUCCAAGGAAAAGAACUGUGAAGCAUUGCAGCCAUGGAUCCGUAGCAUGUGCAAUCACCUUUACUGGGUACCUGCCUCAACACCAAGUGGUAAUGGUCAGUUAAUGCUGGAAAAAUGGGAGUCGAUUGUCAACCAUGUCCAAAACAUACACGAACACGAUGGGCAGUUAUACACUGAGUGCUCACAUGGACCACUGGAGGGAAGAGAACGACAAAAGAAAUGGCUCAUUCCUGGAAGCAAAGCUGCAGAAAAAUUUUCUGAUAUUGCCACUUCAAAGCAAAUGAAGAAAGAUGUUCAGAAAUUAUCUCCAGGUGCACAGACUGCAUCGUUGGAAGGUUAUCACGCUGUUGUUAACCAUUUUGCACCCAAAAUGAUUGGGUUUUCAUAUCAUGGAAUGAAGUCAAGAAUCAUAUUAGCAGCUCUUCAUUUUAAUGAAAAUGCCAUGAGAGAACAAGCCUCCACGAAAGAGGGAAGGAAAAGAUAUGAUGUCAUAUUCCCCAAGUUCAAAAAAGGAGAAUAUUCUGUUAGAGAAGUCAAAGUCAACUGCACAUAUGGUUACAUUGACAAAUUAAUGAAAGUGGUCAUCACUUCAGCAGAGGAUCAGACCAUGAACUCCAGUGGUAUCACGCUGAACGAUGUUCCUCCUCCACUUUGCAGUGCUUAUGAAAGACCAAAUAAAGAGACUGCUAUUCAAGAAAAACUUUCAAGAUUUUCUAGUCAUGAUGCUUUAAUUGACCAAGAUAAUGCAUGUUUAGAGAAGUAAUCCAUUCAUUGAUUGAUUGAUUGAUUAUAUGUUGUUUAACAUCCCUUUCGAGAAUUUUUCACUCAUAUGGAGACGCCACCACUUGCCGGUGGAGAACUACAAAUUUCGUCCUAUGCUCGGCACUCAGGGCCUUUGAGCAGCGAGGGAUCUUUUUCGUGCCAGCACCUAUUGCGACACGGGUCCUCGGUUUAUACGGUCUCAUCCGAAGAAGAACCGGUCUCCACGUCCCGCAGUGGGAUUCGAACCCGCGACCUAAGGAUUGACUCCUUACUUCACGACUCUAGAGCAGACGCUCUAACCACUGCGCCAUGCGGGCGACUAAUCGAUUGAAGAGGCUUGACUGUACAUGUAUUCAGUUUAUUUAACUUGUAAUUAUCAGAGAAUGUUUAUUGUUGUUUAAAUCCAGUGUAAUUUUCAGAAUUAGUUGGAAAAGUGUUUCGGAUACAAUUCACAGCACAUGAUGGUAAAACAACUCGGAUCUUUUUUCCAAGAUACCCCCACGCCCACCUUGCUAAUUGUCUAUAGGCUGUAUAUCUGUAUUUUCUGAAAAAGAGAGAGAAGUAUUUUAAAGUCACAUCUACAUUUGAACUCUUUUAUUUCAAAUACAUGUACCAAUAUCUUGAACGCAAGAUACCUGGGGGAUAUGUUAAAGUGAGUUGACUUGCAUGUAUGUAUAUGUUUUAUUGUUUCAAAUGCUCUGAGCCUCAUAAAGCCAAUAUUUUGAAAUAGUCCUCUAGAGUACCACGUAGUUUAAUUUUUGCACAUGUAAAUAUGAUACUGCAAUUUUUUAAGAAUUGAGAUGUGUUCAGUGUUCUUUGGUUUAUGACCCAGAAAAUACAAUGUACAAUAUGUGUUGAUUGAGUUUUGAAACUAUACAUGUAAUUAAAAAUUCAUGAA